GUCGAUGAUGUCAUCCUUUAGUGCCUUUAUAUGUCAAAGCCAUUUUGUCUUUACACAAAUCCCUUGUCACUCAUAUACCUUCAAACAGGUAGACAGUACAUCAGUGUAACAAACUACAAUACAUCAUAGGUAAUUUGACAUGACGUACACAAGCAGCACCUGGGCAAAGAAUGCAGGAAGUCAACAAGCAUUUAUCACUACCUACAGAGCAGAAGACUUGGACAAGUUGACAGCACGACUGAAAAAUGGCCUGGGCAGAUCAAACUACAAACCCACGGAAUACGAAAAAGUGCAAGCCAUGGUUGACGCUAAACGGCUGCAAACUGCUUUGAUCGGAAAAAAGGUUAAGAGGACCCGAUGUGUAGCCAAGGAAAUUAAGGAGUCCGACACAUUACGGCAGCACAGGCAGGUGUGGAGCCGAGAGUGCCCUAGGCUGCAAAAAGCAGAAGCUAAAGCGGCGAGUGAAUUGCAUAAUUUCAUGGAGAACAUCAGGCCACAUGGCAUAGAAGACACUGCCAUCUUUUCCCUCAAAGAAUAUGAAGUGUUUCUCGAGAGGGACCGUAUGGACUUCAUAAUGGGCACUGUUCAGCCAGUUCAUCAGUUAAAAGAGGACUUAAGCUUCAGGUUGGAGCAAGAACAAAAGCAAGGAAUCGGCACCCCUCCGGCAGACUGGGAAGACGUGCAACACCAGGUCAGUUGUGUAAAAGACCAACAAGAUAUCAUAACAGCCAAACUACAAGAGGAGUACUGUGAUCUAGAUAAGGAAAUAAAAUACCUUGAUUUGGAGAAAUAUUUGCCAGCCCUGGAUAUCAUGGUGAAUGACAGCAUUCCCACAGAGGUUCUGGAAUCAGACUGCCCAUAUCCUGAGCUAAAGGAGUCAUUAAUCCAGGCCUUUCACUCAUCGUCAGAAAUCCACCAGUCCCGACUGCAAUGUCUUGAAGAGCACCUAAAAAGAACAGACAAAUAUUGUGGCUGGUGUCCGGAUGACCACCUACGCUUCCAUUUCACCUUGUCUCAGUACACUCAAGACAUACCCAACAACCGAGUACUCUGCAUGCAUAUGCUUCAAAGGGUCUUCCCGGAAAAACUUAAAAAUGAUCUGCUGGAGCAUGAGCGUGCAUUGGCCAGACAACGCUUCACUCAGACUCAGAUAAAGGUUCUGACCCAGCAGUGGCAGCAAGAACAGGAAGAGCUCCUAGCUAAAGCUCUCGCAACAUUGCAAGAAGCGAGGGAUGCCUAUCAGGAGGAGCUGGAGCUCCAAAGAGACCGCCAACAUCAGCAGGACAUCUGCUUGCGGCUUAGAGAUAAGCUGCAGCAGUGGCGUUCACAUCAGGAGGAGGUGGCUGAGCUUCAGGCGGCCAUCGCUGCACGACAGCAGGAGGAAUCUGAGGCCAUUUUAAAGAGGGAGCAGGAAAGGGAGGCUGCUCUACGGGCACAUCAAAAAGAAAAGCUCCGGAAAUUUCAUUUGGAGCAGCAAAGGAGGAGGGAAGACCUGGAGCAGCGGGAUCAGGAGAGGCUGGCUAAACUGAGGAGUGCUAUGGAAGAACAGGCCAGGCAGGAUAAAGAGAGGGUACUUUUCCGGGCUGAGAUGUUGCAGAGGCGCCUGGAGGCGAGGGAGGCAUGCGAACUGGAGCGUCAGAGAGAGGAAUUAGAGAGGCACAAUCGUCUGGAAGCUCUCCGAAACCAGGUUGCAGUGGUGGCAGAGUCUGAUUCAGACCGGAUGAUGGGAGAUACUCAGUCCUGGCGGAAUCGACACAUCAAUUUCAAGGAAAUUGAUAUCCAGAAGCCUCUUUUUGGACUUUACACAUACACGGAUGCACAGAUUGUCGCCGAUCCCAGAUUGCGGGUCGAGCAGGCCCUGAGGAAUGCUGGCUUGCACCAUACGCAGUACGCCCAAGAGGUUCUGGCCCAUAUCAAGCCCCCCAAACCGCCACGACGAGACACCAAAUCUGAAAUCCAGUUUUAAGCAAGCAAAUACUCCAGUUUUUCUUCAUGGGAGAAGGAGCACAGAGCCCCGUCGAGUCGUCCUUGACCUGGGAAGCAGAGGAUUCUCACCGCUUUGUCGUAGUGGGGAUUACAACACUAAGGUAACACGGCAUCAAUGUACCUUCGUAAAAAUCGUGGGUGCACAUCGUGUUCCCGAUCACAGUGGGAAGGUUUUGCAGCUCUCUGGAGCAUUGCAGAAGCUCACUGGCCACCCCUUCGUCCAGCUCCGUGCUGCGGGUGAUCACUUUACCUAGAACCACCUGCUCAAACUGAGGCCGGAAGGAGUAGUCCACCGCUUUUUCAGUCACCACCACUGUGCCUGGAGCCAAACCUGAACAAAAUGACAUAUUACUUCUCUUCAAAGUGACUUUUUGCAAUGUUGUGACUUUUGGAAAAAGUCAUUACCGACUCCGCCGGAUGUCCCCAGACGGAACAGGAUCACGUCCCUGCAGUGGGCAUGGUAAAGCAGUUUGAUGAGCUCAUGCAGCAUAAUGGAGAUUGAUGGCACACCCAUUCCAUGCUAAAAGGAAAAAGGCGACUUUCUAUUUGAAUGCUCAUCUAUGCUGUGUACAAAGAACCCUAGCAUAAUUAGCGUUCGUGAAUUAAGGUGACCUGUUGGAAUAAUGUAUGCCUCUGCAUAGAUAUAUAGUCUACACAGUUUUUACUUUAUGCAUCCCUUGUUUUUGUGAGGGGAAACUAAACCUUGAUCACCUCUCUUGCUCCUGUACAAUAUUUUCACUAUAAACAAAACAAAAAUCCUAGUAAGGGGCACCCCUGGCAUGACCUGCCUUAGUAGAAAUGAUCAUGCAUUUUUUCAAGGCACCACCAAGUUACAUUUUAACUGUCCCUUGCUGUUUUGGUGCUCAGGCCGAAAUGUGUCUAAAAUAGUUCACUAUACUUUUGUUUUUGAAAGUGAGCACAAUGUUGGAUCCAUUUACCCCCCCCCCCCCCCAAGACUUUAUAUUUCUCAUUUUUAUAAACGUAUUUGUUUGUAAAAUAGAUUAUUUUAAAGGGAACCUCGGAUUUAAAGACUUAUAGGCUCUAAUAAGCCACAAUUGUUGUCUUUUACUAAAAUGUGUUCUUAGAAACACAUAAAAUAUUAGCCUGGAACCCCAGACACACCACUGUUCCAGCUAUAGAGUCUGGCAACUGUUCCGCGGAUCAAAUUCCCAGGGCGGAGAAAGCCACAGCAAACAGACAGCGGGGUCGACCAAUCAGCGACGGGCGGACGUGAUGUUGGUAAAGCGACAAGAAACUCUAGCGCGAGGACGUAAACAUACGAGGAGAGCGGAGAAGUUUACUCAACAUGGCUAGUUUGAGACGGACUGUAGGUUUUAGUGACUCAAUAUGUUUUUGGUCAUUUAAAACUGAAUUUACCGCAGAUAGGAGCAUAAUCUCGUCUCUCCCGUUCGCCAUCUGUGGUGUUGUGGAGACGACUUCCGAUGCGCAAGAGUGACGUUGCUUGUAAAGAACACGUCACGCAGAUAAACAAAUCUGAUUGCACGGACGAUUUCGUCAGGGCUCGAGAGGCCAAUAAGGAGCUGGGUCCCAGACUCUAUAGCUGCAACAGCGGUGAGUCUGGAGUUCCAGGCUAAUAAAAUAUUGCCAUUGAUUUUAAAAUCGACAAUAUUAUUAUACAGUGCCUUGCAAAAGUAUUCGGCCCCCUUGAAUCUUGCAACCUUUCGCCACAUUUCA